CCAUCUUACAUCUUCAGUCCCAAGAUCCAUUACACAGACUCUCAGCAUGCAGUCUUGGUCACAUGUAGCAGCUUCAGUGCUGAUGCUCGUCAACAUAGUCUCGGGUUUAAGCACCAAACUUGACCCAAAGGCGGAAAAGUCUUGUGAGUAUACUGCUCCUUGGCAGACGCUCCCUGAACUUCCUCCCAUGACCAAGGCAAACUUUGAAGGAACAGCACUAAUUGACGGCAUUGAUCUUUGGUACGCGACAUUCGGCGCACCGCUUGAGGAGAGCAAGGCUAAAGGCUUCAAUCCUGUUAUUUUCCUCCACGGUGGCUUUGCCAACAGUGAUUACUGGGCCAACCAGAUCAACCACCUCAAGGAUCACCAAUAUACAUUGAUCACAAUCGACUCUCGAGCCCAGGGUCGUUCUUCAGAUGGUACCAGCCGCCCCUUGACCUAUGAUCUCAUGACCGAAGAUGUAGUUGGCUUGAUGGACCAUCUGGGAAUCGAGAAAUUCUCAACUAUUGGUUGGUCCGAUGGAUCAUGCAUUUCUUUUGACCUCGCCAUGAACUUCACCUCUCGCCUCGACCGCUCCUUUGCUUUUGGUGGAACUUACAGUCCUGAGAACAUCAACGCUACUGCUGCAGAGAGCACUGUGUUCUUGAAGUAUAUGAAGAGAGUUCAGGAGGAGUAUGAGAAGAACUCACCGUCAAAGGGCACAUUCCACGAGUUUGAGGAGAGAAUGAACACAAUGUGGGGAAGUCUGCCAGACUGGGAUGCAAAGUCUUUUGCUAAGAUUUCUACGAGAUACUCUGACCCUAAUGCUCCUAUUAUGUGGAUUGUUGAUGGUGAUUCUGAGGAGGCUGUCACUCGCUCUACUCCUGGUGAGAUCCAUAGCUGGAUCUGGGUUUCUGAUCUUGUUAUUCUUCCCGGAGUCAGCCACUUUGCGUUCAUGCAAGACCCAGAGACCUUCAACGUCAUGCUGGAGCGUUUCUUCGAGAUCCCUCGGUUUCCAGGCGAGUUGUGA